CUCAGCGUAUUUAAGUGAAACUGAAACCAGAUUGACACAUAUAGAACAUAUUCAUGAAAACAACUCCGAUUGGGUCAGCUGCUGUAAACACGACACAGCAGCAACAUGGGCAAGAUCUUCCAAGUCAUCAUAUACGGACUAAGAGACGAAAAAAUAAUUAUUGACCUCGGCAGCACCGAGGAGGAGAUGAACAACACGACUGUCUUGGAACUCAAAACAAAAAUCGUGCUGAGGCUACCUGGAAAUUCAGAUUCACCAGAAGAUCUGCGGCUGAUAUUUGCCAACAAAGAGCUGAAAGAUUCUGCAAAGCUGUCAGACUAUCAGAUAAAAGAUAAUUCUGUAAUUUUGAUGAUUUUGCGUUUGCCUGGUAAAAAUUAAAAGAAUUUGUUAUUCUAAGUGCUGGCGAC